CGAAGCAGACGAGCGGUUCCGACCGCUCAUAGAAGCCCCCACUGCACACACAAGGACUUUCCUAACUACUUACUACGUCAUCUGAGUACGCGCGGACACAUCACGCCUUGCUAACUAGCAGGGCGCCUCACUCGAACACCGUGGCGUCGCUGAACACCCUAGUCGACGAAUUGAAGAAGUCCUUCAAUUUCUUCAACAGCAGCUCUUUACUAGGCGACAACACAGCUUCUUCACACGAUCCCGAGCAUCAGUCUACAAACGCGCUAUCAAAGGCUAUCCGCUUCCUGCAGAAUCGUGGUCUGAGCGAUAUCACCGAGAUCGUCACGAACCCUCGCUUUGACGAUCCGACCUACCUUGUCACAGUUACUAUUGCACUGGCCUCCAUUAUUGUGGGCAUGUCUUGGUUCUCACGCGCUGGCGGCAGCUGGGGAGGGCGCUUUUCGCCAUUUGGCCGCCCUGGUAACUCGCCCAACGCUGGCGUCGUAAACGACUCCGAUUUCUCGUACAUCACAAACGAAGAUUUGCGUCGAAAUGGACAGGCAUCAACACCUGAAAUUGUAGACUGGGAUGACAAGAACCCGGAGCGAGAAACAGAUGUGCUCAUCUUCAAGCACGGACGAACCCACUAUCCUACACAUUUCCCGGCGCGCAGCAUACGUGAUGGAGACCUCAAGAUCGGUACGGUACGACAGGCCGCGGCGAAGAAGUUGGGCGUCGAUGAUUACCGGAAGAUACGUAUGUUCUACAAGGGCAGGAAUUUGAAGCACGAUGAGCGGACGGGGCGGGAAGAAGGGCUGCGUGGUGAUGGUAGUGGUAGUGAGAUUCUAGUCACAGUAGGCGAGGCACCUAUCGGCGGUCAUGCGGUUGCUUCAGAAGAGGCACCACCGCGUGCCUGGAGCGAGGGUGAAGAGGACGAUGACGACGAUGACGACUCCGGCGUAAAUACAUCUGGCAAAAAGAAGUCUCGCAAGCGCGGCGGCAGAAAGAGCAAGAAGAAGGGUGUCUCUUCCGGCAACGCAUCCGGAACUUCGACACCUGGCUACACCACCGCUGGAGCUGGCGCGGAAUACCUCCCCAUCCCUUCCCACAUCAACGCCGCACCCCGUCCUACCUCUGCGCCGCCACAAAGCACCUCCAAGCCUGCCCAACCUCAAACCCCCAUGGGCAAACUCGACGCCGUCGCCAGCAAAUUCCAUACUGAGCUAGUGCCACUCUGCAUACAGUUCAUGUCUAACCCACCCGAAGACAAGGCAAAAAAGACGUUUGAGUAUAAGAAGCUGAGCGAAACCAUACUCACGCAAAUCAUUUUCAAGCUCGAUGGCGUGGAUACUGAGGGUGAUCCCGAUGCGAGGGUUAAGAGGAAAGCGAUUGUGAAGGAGGUACAGGCUAUGAUGUCGAAGUUGGAUGAGGUAGGAAAGGAGUAAUGUAGUUAUGUUGAAUUUUUAUUUUUUUGCGGAAUGUGUCUUAGAGAGGGGUAUUGCUAGAUGAAUGUAAUAUGUUCUUUCUUUUAAUGAAUGAAGGUUUAAUAGUGCUUUUUUUCUUUGGUGUGUGAAAAUUGGUAGGGUAGGUGGGGGUAGAAGAGUGGGUUGUAAGAGGGAGCUGUAAGAGGGAGUAAAUGAUAGUAGUGUGAGUUCGAAAGAGGAUGGGAUUCCGUGUUUGGUGGAAAUUUUUUUUGACGAGAAGGCUUUUUU